CAUUUCCUCACAGUGUUCGCUCCAUUAUUGCACUCUUUCUACUUUUACUUUCCCUCCAAUACCAUCUUUAAUAGUAGUAACAUCUAAUUAACUCACAAACAAAUAAAAUAAAAUCCUACCAACCUUCUCUUCCUCUGUUCAAUACAUGGAUAUGUCUUCAGCUCUCAUUUUCAGCAUUUCUUUUCAUCUCCUUUUGCUUUCAAGAGGUGUUUUAGGGGCUACAUUUACCUUUGUGAACAAAUGUGAGUACACAGUAUGGCCAGGAAUUCUUGCAAACGCAGGCACUCCUACACUCGACACCACAGGAUUCGAGCUCCCACAACACACCUCACGCUCCUUCCAAGCUCCGACUGGUUGGUCCGGCCGCUUCUGGGGUCGAACCGGAUGCAACUUUGACCAAACGGGUUCUGGGUCGUGCAACACAGCGGACUGUGGGUCGGGCCAGGUGGAGUGCAACGGCGCUGGAGCGGCUCCGCCGGCCACACUGGCAGAGUUCAGCCUCGGGACUGGUGGGCAAGAUUUCUAUGACGUCAGCCUCGUGGACGGGUACAACAUUCCGUUGUUAGUCGAAGCGAGUGGCGGGUCGGGUAUGUGUGCGUCGACUGGGUGUUUGGAAGACCUGAACAGGCAGUGUCCGGUUGAGUUGAGGUUCGGUGACGGUGAGGCUUGUAGAAGCGCGUGCGAAGUGUUUGGGAGUCCCGAGUACUGUUGUAGCGGCGCGUACAAUUCACCCGCCGCUUGUAAGCCGUCGGUGUACUCGGAGAUGUUCAAGUCGGCUUGUCCCAGAUCAUACAGCUACGCUUACGAUGAUCCUACCAGCACAUUUACGUGUACAGGUGCUGAUUAUACGAUGACGUUUUGUCCCUCCAUGCCAAGUCAAAAAUCUUCAAAAGAUUCAUCGUCAGGUACCACAACGGCAGGGUUAGGGUCAGGGUCGGAUAUGACAGUCUCCGAUUCAGGGUCAGGAUCUGAAGCUAUAUUGGCUGAUGGAUCAUGGUUAGCUGGUUUGGCUAUGGGUCAUUCAACCAGGGCUCUCUCUGCUACUGCAUUGCAUUUUGCACUGACUGCCUCUUCAACUCUCUCUCUCAUCCUCUCUUUGCUUUACUUGUAGUCUCUAGCGCUCUCGUGGAUUUUGGCUCUUCAGCGCAUUGGAUUAAACUCUAGCACCUUUGAUAGAUUCAUCCACAUUGUAAACCACCCACCUUUAGAUUCUCCCAGUUAUGCAAUGUUUAUAUGCUUGGAAGUGUUCUUCAUUUUUCUAUGAUUUGGACUUUUUUUUCUUUUUCCUUAUUUUUUUUUUCCUUCUUUCAAGAUUGUGGUUUUUGUGGAGCUUAAAGCAACAAGUGAUUAGUGUUAUCUUAGAGCAUA